GGUACGCGCACUACCAAAGACACGUACGCGCAACAUCGCUGCUCCCCUCCUGCAAAGAUGGGUUUCCAAGCUUACAGUCAGAGACUCCAGCUGUCACUCAUCGAUAUCCGCGUUCAGCUAAUGUCAGACCGCAUGUGGAAAACGGCGAAGGCUCCGUUCCCGAUAAAUACGAGACAAGGACACCGCUGGAUGGAGGUGGACCUCCAGUGAUCAACAGAUCAGCAACUCCACUGUUCACUCCCCCUGUGAGGACAAGACGAGGGACCCGAAAGACAACGCUGGAGCCAAAUGGCACAUGUGAGCCGCUGACGUAUUUAUUAGCAAAUUCUCGAGCCGGUCAUAGUGAUAUGGACAAACUAGCGCUGAAGAUUUGGUUUUAAAAAGCCGAUACAGCUGUUAUCAGAGCUGGUGUGGGUUCGGUUCUUGUCAAGAUGACCAGACUAUUGUUUAGCAUCGCUGUAAUGGAAUGGGCCCGCAGGAAUUUUGGCACCGGUUUUACGCAACAAACCACAUAGUUGAAUCGACGUAGCUCGACCGAAGACAGAAUAGCGUGGCUGGCAUGGACAAAGACUGCUUACACAUCUCGUAGUGAUGCUCUGAGACUAAAUUGAAACACAAUAGUGAAACAUCCUGCUGGUUCCUCCCGAGAAGUGGAGCUGAUAAUCAACGGCGGGAUUCAAGUUUGGACCUCACCAAGUCCAAAACGACCUUUCCCUCCCAAACAACGGAUCAUCUUAUAUCUUAAAGCAUCCUCACAGACUCGCAUAGCGAGUCUGUGAACAGGUGAGAGAGGGACACUGUCUGCCCCACUGUCCAGCGACACCAUGAGCUGGAGCUUCCUCACGCGGCUGCUGGAGGAGAUCCACAACCACUCCACCUUCGUGGGGAAGCUGUGGCUCACCGUGCUCAUCGUCUUCCGCAUUGUUCUUACUGCCGUCGGGGGAGAGUCCAUCUACUACGACGAACAGAGCAAGUUUGUUUGCAACUCAGGCCAGCCAGGCUGUGAGAAUGUCUGCUAUGAUGCCUUCGCCCCUCUGUCUCACGUCCGCUUUUGGGUCUUCCAGAUUAUCUUGGUGGCAAUGCCUUCUCUCAUGUACAUGGGCUAUGCUGUCAACAGAAUUGCACGAUUAGAUGAAGCCAAAGGAGGAGCUGGAUCUGUUGCUGUUAGGACAGGAGGAGGGGGCUACACGCACAGAAAACCUAGGAAAAUGUGCUUUGGAGCAAGACAGCACCGAGGCAUUGAGGAGACCGAGGAAGACCAGGAGGAUGAUCCAAUGAUCUAUGAGGUGCCGGAGAUCGAGCCCCCAAAAAGGCCACGGGACCCACUGCAGCCUACACCCAGACCCAAAAUCCGACAUGAUGGGCGUAAGCGAAUCCGAGAUGAAGGGCUAAUGCGGGUCUAUGUUUUGCAGCUGGUGACUCGUACGGUGUUGGAGGCUGGUUUCCUUACAGGCCAGUAUUUGCUGUAUGGUUUCCGUGUGAUGCCCAUAUUUGUGUGCUCAGGGAAACCUUGUCCACACAGUGUUGAUUGCUUUGUGUCGAGGCCUACAGAGAAGACCAUUUUCCUGCGCAUCAUGUAUGGUGUCACUGUCCUUUGCCUCACACUCAAUGUUUGGGAAAUGCUCCAUUUGGGCAUUGGUUCCAUUUGUGACAUUCUUCGCCGUCGCCGCUGCCCACCUCAGGAGGAUGAGUACCAGCUGGGCCUGUUGGGUACCAGUGGGGGUGUGGAGGGCUCAGUAGGGGCAGCAGGUCCUGAGGCAGGUUCUGAGGGAGGCGUAGGAGGAGAUGGUGCUGCCGAUUAUGUUGGCUACCCCUUCUCGUGGAACACCCCGUCAGCUCCACCUGGUUACAACAUUGUUGUGAAGCCAGAACAGAUGCCCUACACAGAUCUUAGCAACGCUAAGAUGGCAUGCAAACAGAACAGGGCUAACAUUGCCCAGGAGGAGCAGCAGCAGUUUGGGAGCAAUGAGGACAAUUUCCCCACUGGAGGAGAGGCCCGUGUAGCCCUGAACAAAGACAUGAUCCAGCAAGCUCAUGAGCAACUGGAGGCAGCUAUCCAGGCCUACAGUCAGCAGCACCGGGCAGAGGAGCAGCUUGGGGACAACCAGGAUGACAAGCCCCAAAGUAACAUUAUCCAGGCCCAACCUCAGCCACAACCCCAGCCUCAGAAAGAGCGCAAGCAUAGAUUUAAGCAUGGGAAAGGCGGGAGCAGUGGAGGUGGAAGCAGCAGCAACAGUAGCAGCAGCAAAUCAGGAGAGGGCAAGCCCUCUGUAUGGAUUUAACCCCAGAAACAGUGACCCGUAUUGAAAACAUGUAAAUAUUGGAGACUGGAUGAUGAGCUGUUGCAAUGUUUCUUGGAUAUUUAAAUACCACUAUGCCUUACAGAAUCCUGCAAGCUGGAGAAGAUGCGUGUUUGCGUAUGAUGGUGUGUAAAGAAAAAAAAAGAGAGAAAAAAAAACAUGUGAUAUUGCAGCUGACAAAUUGUUUUGUCUGGGUAAUCACUGUUUAACUUGAAACAUCACACCAACACAAACUAUGUUAGGCUACAGUCUGUCGUUUACAUGUGUCGUUCUUCUCAAGCCCCAAAGCAGAUUAUUGACCUGUUUUCUUCCCGUUCACCCUUUCAGGAGAAUCCCAGGAUCAUAAUGUGUUCUCUUGCAAAAUUAGACUGAUUCCAAAUUGUCGAUGAUCACAAUGUAAAUGCAAUAAAAUGAUGCAUGAUUCCAUGGUGCCGCCCAAAGGAUUGGCUUUAUAGUGCAGUGAGAAGAUCACCUUCCUGAAAGGUUGUGUCCUGUCACUCAUGUUCCAUGUCUGCUUCAUUAAUAGUGUUAUAUUGCUGUGACUUUGCAUUUGACCGUGUGUUUGUAAAUGUUUGUUGUGUAUUUUUUGAUAACAGUAGUACACCAGCUGCUACAGAAACCUAUGAGUACAGCUGGUGGAUUUUUAUCCAGUCUACAUCUGAAAUUAUCUGUGAAAAAAAUAAAUAAUAAGGUGCAGAAGCGAUCCAGAUUUUAUAGUUUAUUCUUAAAUAUCUCAUUUUCUCCUUAUGGCUUUUCAUGGCUCAGUACCAUCGUUCCUCUAUCUGCCUUGUGUUUGGCUGCCCCCUGGUGGUGUCAUCAACGGGGCUUGAUACUGGGGAGAAGAUACCAGUUGCCAAUGCUACCUGCAUCCAGCAACACCUUAACCAGCUGUAAUGUUCCUUUUCUAUUGACAAUACUUGUGUCACUUAUGUCUUCCCAGUGCUACAAGUCCAGUGUUAGAUGCACAAGGCUGCAAUAUUACAACAUUGUAAUGGAAAAGGUUUAAAGCCAUUACUAUAACACAGUGAGACCAAACACUGUUUGUGUGAUGCAAGUUGUCAGUGCCAAGAUUUUAUGCUAGGCUGCCACGAAGCCUGGUUGUUUGUAGCUUUGGAAUACUGUGGCCAUGCUACUCCACUUGUGGAAAUAUGCCUAUGUGAGACCAACCCUUUUGUAAAAGUCAUUUUUCUUUUUGUUUUUCCUUCUUUUUUUGUACAACAGUAUGUCUUGCAUUUUUUCAUAUGGGAUUUAAAAUGAUAAAACUUCAAAAUGGAGUCAAAUGUUAUGUUCCAGACAGUGUUUUAUAUGAAAACACUCUGUUUUUCAAUAAAGUUUUGUUUUGUUUUGUAAAAUAAAUAAACAAAAAACAAGAUCUUUUG